AUCCAAGAAACAUUUAUGACAUGACAGCUCUCAAAUUCUGAUAUAAAACAUCUGAUUCGGUAAACAUGGCGGCGUUGAGAAAAUGUGUCUCAGGCGUUUGCAAUAUUCUAUCAAACAGCGUAAAUUUGUUGGGAUGCAAUUUUCAACAGACACGAAAUCACAUCAACGCUAGAAUGAAGCGAGAUAUGAAGCGUAGAAGUUGGGCCAAGCAGUAUGCAGAGGAACGUCUGCGAUUGGUUGUCAUGAAGCGAAAUGAUAUUUUACCGGCUGAAAUAAGAGAACUUGUAGGUAAACAAAUAACAGAAACAAUUCCCAAGCAGACCGCUCUGAGACAACUGACACCGAGAUGUGUAGUGACUUCUCGAGGUUAUGGUACUGUACAAAGAUGGAGAAUAUCAAGGUUCAUCUUCCGCGAAUUAGUUGAUUACAAUAAAAUGGCUGGAAUGCAACGUGCCAUAUGGUAAAGCGGUAUAUAUUAGUAUACAUAAAAUUGUACACUAUUUCAAUAUAUACAUAUGUUAAUGAGAUACUUAUGAGUGGAUAUAGAUACAUUCACAAAGAAUAAAUUUAAUUCUUAUUGUA